AUGGCGGCUUCCGUGGUGCCUCCCACUGUGGCCGUAAUUAUUCCCGCGAUGAAUGAGGAGAAGAGCUUGCCCACAACCUUGCAGAGCGUGUUGGCCCAGAAACCCUCCCCGCAAGAGAUUGUGGUUGUGGACCCUGGUUCGACAGAUCGAACCUCCGAAGUGGCUUCUGAGUGUGGCGCUCAAGUCUUGACAUCGCCCCGUGGACGCGCUGUGCAGAUGAAUGCAGGUGCACGGAACACAAAGGCUGACGUGCUGCUCUUCCUGCACGCUGACACCGGCCUGCCCGAGGGAGCUGUAGCAGCCAUACAAGUGGCACUUUGCAAUCCAAGGGUCUUGGGGGGAUGCUUCGAGCUGCGCUUCCAUGAAGAAGAGGAGAGUUGGACCCUUCAGCUUUGGAGCUGGUGCACACGAGUGCAAUGUUGCAGGACAAAGCGCCUGGUUUUUGGUGAUCGAGGGAUUUUCGUUCGGCGCAGUAGCUUCGAAGAAUUGGGUGGCUACAGUGAAUGGCCUAUUCUGGAGGAUGUAGAUUUCGUCAUGCGACUUGCACGACUCGGAUCCCAAUCAUUUGAGUUUUUGCCUUUGGCGGUGACGACCUCUGCACGACGGAUGUUGGAAAAGGGGCCUUUGAGGCAACAACUCUUGAACAGCUGCAUCAUCAUCGCAUGGUACUUGGGGGCCAGCCCCGAACAGCUUCGCGAUUGGUACCGAUAUCAGAUAGCACCCUAA